ACAACAGCAGCAUUCAUACACUAGCUCUAUCUCACAGAUACAUUAAAGUCCACCCUGUUUACCCGACCCCCAGAGACAGGCGGAAUGACACGAAGCGUCAGGCUGCUCUCCGCGGAGUGACACGGACAGUGACAGUGUGGACAGUUAGGCCUAAUCUGCAUUAAACACUGUUCACAACAAACACAGCUACAUCUGCGAGCAACGCACUUUUCGGCGACAGUAUUUCCGGUUUGCUAAGCGAUUCAUGGUCGCAAAUGCGAGACAAGAGCGAUAAUAGAGCAAUGUGGCGGAGGGAUUUGUGAAGAUUACAGUCAAUACAGUGCUGCUUCUAAUCCCUGUGUGAAAGGGAUGGGCAGUGCACCGGCUGGAUCUGACUUUCUGCAAAAAGCUGGGAUGGCAGAACCACCCAGGUCAUGUGAUUGUUUUGUCUCCUUGCCUCCUGGCUCUCGCGAUGACCAUGUUAUUUUUGGGAAGAACUCAGACCGUCCCCGGGAUGAGGUGCAGGAGGUGGGCUACCACCCUGCAGCCCCCCACCCUCCAGGCUCCAUGCUGGAGUGCACAUACAUCCAGAUCCCUCAGGUGGAGCAGACCCACGCUGUCGUCCUCAGUAAACCUGCCUGGAUGUGGGGUGCAGAGAUGGGAGCCAAUGACCAGGGAGUGUGCAUCGGGAACGAGGCUGUCUGGACCCGAGAGGCCGUCAGCCCCGGAGAGGCUCUACUGGGCAUGGACCUCGUCAGACUGGGCUUGGAGCGAGGGGACAGUGCCUGGGGGGCGCUGACGGUCAUCACCAGCCUCCUGGAGCAGCAUGGCCAGGGGGGGCCGUGCAGGGAGGACCCUGAGCCGUUCAGCUACCACAACACCUUCCUGCUGGUGGACCGCAACGAGGCCUGGGUCCUGGAAACAGCAGGCAGGCUUUGGGUGGCGCAGAAGGUUACAGAGGGUGUAAAGAACAUCUCCAACCAGCUGACCAUCGGUGCUGAGGUGUCCGCAGAGCACCCAGAGCUGCGCAGCGUGGCCCAGGCCCAGGGCUGGUGGGACGGAGAGGGAGAGUUCAAUUUCUCUCAGGUGUUUAGUCCCGAGAACCCACCUGCCAGGAUGGAGCUGGCCAAACAGCGCUACAGGGGCGGAACAGAGCUACUCCAGCAACAUGACGGCUCAGUGACGGCUGAGGUGAUGAUGUCCAUUCUGAGGGACAAGCCCAGUGGGAUCUGCAUGGACUCUGGAGGUUUCUGCACCACAGGCAGCAUGGUGUCUGUCCUGCCCAGAGACAGCAGCCUGCCCUGCAUCCACUUCUUCACUGCCACCCCAGACCCCUCAAGGUCCAUAUUCAAGCCUUUUGUCUUCUCGGACUGUUCCACCUCAGUGCUGGGGGUGGUCUCCCCGCAGUUUGGCCCAGACGACCCUGUCAGGAAGCAGCCCCGCUUUCAGAGCCAGGUGGACCGCAGACACGAGCUGUACAAGGCCCACCAGGUGGCGCUCGGCACCAUGGAGACCAACCCGGACGAGGGUUUAGCUGUCUAUGAGAUUCUAAGGGACCUGGAGUCGCAGUGUCUGACCGAUAUCUCCGCCAUGCUGAACGGAGAGAUCCCAGGAGAAGAACUGGGGGACUUGUUUUUCGACUCUGUGGACACAGAGAUCAAGUUCUACCAGUGAGGAGCACCCUCAGGUGGACGUCCCUAACACAGAGUUGUGGGAAAAGGCCUGGGACUGAUAACAACUCUGUGUUCCUCGACUGAUCGGCCUCUGCCUCACUCACACAGCACAUGUCCCUGACACCAUUCCAUCAUUAACAUGGUUUGAAUGUCUAAACUGCACUGAUGAAGUGAAUGUAUCAUCUGUAUCACCCAGGGAGCAGUGAGUUCACCCCAUUAGUGAGUUAAAUGAUGUAGACUGCACAAGCGCCUAUGUAGAGCUGUGUGAAGGAAUGUGGCAUUUGUUUAACAUUUUGUUUUGGUUGCAAAUGAAUGGAUUGUCAUGUGAUGGCUUCCUGAAUAGAAAUAUUAAAUAAAUAAUGUGUCUGUCCUGUG